CUUCAAAAUGGCCGUGUUCGUCCCCCCCGGUGAGGGUCACAUCGAUGUGGAGGUUGGAGAGUAUCAGGUGUUCCCCGGAGCUCAGCCCCAGGACGCUGCUGUGGAGGAGACCCCAAAGACCAAGCUCCUCCUCCCUCUUCUCCUCUGUGUGGCUCUGCUGUGUGUUCUGCAGGCUGUUCUCAACAUCUCUCUGAGACUCUCUCUCAGUCAGCCUGCUGCUGGAGAGCAGAUCAGCUGUCCCGAGGGCUGGCUGAUGUUCGGCUCCAGCUGUUACUUCUUCUCCACCCAGAGGAGGAGCUGGGAUGGCGGGCGGAGGGACUGUGAGAAGAGAGGAGCUGACCUGGUGAUCAUCGACAGCCGGCAGGAGCAGGCCUUCCUCACUGGAUUCAGCCCAGCAGCCUGGGUCGGGAUGACGGACAGAGAGAGGGAGGGAACCUGGGUCUGGGUGGACGGGACCCCGGUGAACAGACAGAGCUUGCUGUGGGCCCCUGGGCAGCCUGAUGACUCGUUGGGAGGAGAAGACUGCGGUGACCUUCGCACCAUGACUCUGUUCCUCGGCCUGAACGACUUCAACUGCAUCGUCAGUCAGCAGUGGAUCUGUGAGAAGAGCCUGACAGAGCUCUGAUGAGUGUGUGUGCAGGGCCGUCCCUCCCUACAGGCCGAUCACGCAGACUGCGUGGAGCCUCACCUUGCGGAG